GCGACCAACAAUCGGAACAACUGAGCGCUCAGUGAUCGGACGCCUCGAUCCAGGAAUCCCGUCGCUUUCUUUCUCUCCACCGAGCGGGCUUCUCCUCACGGAUUCCUCCCGAGCGCGACCUCCGCGCCCGCGUCCCUCCUCCUCCACCGGUCAACUCGGCGCGGCUGCGUGGCUCACAACCGGCCGCGGAGGCUUUUUUUCCCGUCAACGUGCGCGGAGGUUGUGAGGGAACCAGGGAGCAGAGAGGAAUAUGCAGGGAUUCGUCCGGUUACACUUGCGCCGCUGAGCCGCUCCUGCCUUUCGCCCUCCGCCCCGCCACGGGACCAUGGAGCGAUAGAAGAGCGGGGGAACCGGACGAAUUCACCCCGAGGAUCCGAGCCCGGCGGCGGCCACGGCCACACACACCGACGGGGGCUUCUUGAGUUCCCCACCGGGGUUAUCGUACCUUUCCGUCUGGGAGAGCCUCGGGGACCCCGGCCGCUGUUCAUCUCCGAGGAGGAGUUUCCCCGGACAGUUUCCCAUGUGCACACCCGCUCUCCCCUCGCACGCAGGCGGGCUGAAUGAGGCUGAGGACCGAGCCGCUGCUUGUGAUUCUGAUCCGAGCGGGUCCGGGCACCGCCGAGCCGUUUAGGUGCACCCCAGCCCCGCCGCAGGCUCCCAGCGACAUGCUGCAACUCCACCGAAGAGGGAGGAAGGGGCAACACUUUUAAAAAAUCGCCCACAUGCACUGGAUCACUUGCCGGAUUUGGGAACCGAAUACGCAGAAGGGGGGUUGGGGAUCCGUGGAGGCUGCCGGAGGAUGGAGCGGUGCAGCCGGGGUUGGUGAGCGCCUGACUUCGGGCCACUUUACAUUUCUUCUUCCUAAACGACCCGCUCCCAGGACACAUGCAGGCCAAAAAACGCUACCUGAUCCUGCUCUCCGCCGGCGCGUGUCUGGGGCUUCUCUUCUACCUCGGAGGGAUUCAACUUCCAGCGGCGAGCAGGAGCCGGCAUGACCGCAGCCGGAAUGGAUACCGGCCCGACCAGCCCUGGCCCCACUUCUCCGACCCGUUACACCCGUUCCUGCCCUGGGAUCAGCCGGACACCGAGGAGUACAACGUGCACAUAUCGCCCAACCAGAAGAGGGACGUCAACACCAGUGUUUACAAGGGCAAGCGCUGCCGCAUGGACUCCUGCUUCGACUUCUCCCAGUGCCAGAGGAAGGGAUUCAAAGUUUACGUUUACCCGCAGCAGAAGGGCGAGAAGAUCUCCGAGAGUUAUCAGAAUAUUUUAUCCGCUAUCGAGGGCUCGAGGCUUUACACGUCGGACCCCGGCCAGGCGUGUCUGUUCGUCCUGAGCCUGGACACUCUGGACCGGGACCAGCUGUCCCCGCAAUACGUCCACAACCUGAAGACCAAGGUGCAGAACCUGCCCCUGUGGAACGACGGCAGGAACCACCUCAUAUUUAACUUGUACUCGGGGACAUGGCCGGACUACACGGAAGACCUGGGCUUUGACAUCGGCCAGGCCAUGUUGGCCAAGGCCAGCAUCAGCACCGAGAACUUCAGGCGCAACUUCGACGUGUCCAUCCCCCUCUUCUCCAAGGAGCACCCGCGCACCGGCGGGGAGAGGGGCUUCCUCAAGUACAACUCCAUCCCGCCUUUCAGAAAGUACAUGCUGGUGUUCAAGGGGAAGCGCUACCUGACGGGGAUCGGCUCGGACACCAGGAAUGCCUUAUAUCACGUCCACAACGCGGAGGACGUGGUGCUGCUCACCACCUGCAAGCAUGGCAAGGACUGGCAGAAGCACAAGGACGCGCGCUGCGAAAGGGACAACGCGGAGUAUGACAAGUACGACUACAAGGAAAUGCUACACAACUCCACCUUCUGUUUGGUUCCCCGUGGCAGACGACUGGGCUCCUUUCGCUUCCUCGAGGCGCUGCAGGCUGCGUGUGUGCCCGUGAUGCUGAGUAACGGCUGGGAGCUGCCUUUCUCAGAGAUCAUCGACUGGAACACAGCAGCGGUCAUCGGCGACGAGCGGCUCCUGCUGCAGAUCCCGACCACGGUGCGCUCCAUCCACCAGGACAAGAUCCUGUCCCUCAGACAGCAGACGCAGUUCCUGUGGGAGGCCUACUUCUCCUCUGUGGAGAAGAUAGUGCUGACCACGCUGGAGAUCAUCCAGGACCGGGUGCUGGAGCACGGCUCCAGGAGCAGCCUGAUGUGGAACAGUCACCCUGGGGGCCUGUUUGCCCUGCCGCAGUACUCUGGGUACCUGGGAGACUUCCCUUUCUACUACGCCACACUGGGCAUCAAACCGAACCCAAAGUUCACAGCGGUCAUCCACGCCGUCUCCCCACUGGUGUCCCAGUCCCAGCCCAUACUCAAGCUCCUGGCAGCUGUGGCCAAGUCCCAGUAUUGUGCACAGAUCAUCGUCCUGUGGAACUGUGACAAGCCGCUCCCCGCCAAGCAGCGCUGGCCGGCCACCUCGGUGCCCGUCAUCGUCAUCGAGGGCGAGAACAAGGUGAUGAGCAGCCGCUUCCUGCCCUAUGAGACCAUAGGGACCGACGCAGUCCUCAGCCUGGAUGAAGACACAGUGUUGUCCACCACAGAGGUGGACUUUGCCUUCACUGUGUGGCAGAGCUUCCCCGAGCGGAUCGUGGGUUACCCGGCACGCAGCCACUUCUGGGACGGCAACAAGGAGCGCUGGGGCUACACGUCCAAAUGGACCAACGACUACUCCAUGGUGCUGACCGGGGCGGCCAUCUACCACCGGUAUUAUCACCAUCUGUACACCAGCUACUUGCCCACCAGUCUGAAGAGCAUGGUGGACCAGCUGGCGAACUGUGAGGACAUCCUGAUGAACUUCCUGGUCUCUGCCGUCACCAAGCUGCCGCCCAUCAAGGUCACACAGAAGAAGCAGUACAAGGAGACCAUGAUGGGACAGUCCUCCAGGGCGUCUCGCUGGGCCGACCCGGACCACUUCGCCCAGCGGCAGACCUGCAUGAACAAGUUCGCCAGCUGGUUUGGCGCCAUGCCGCUGGUCCACUCCCAGAUGAGACUGGACCCCGUCCUGUUCAAGGACCAGGUCUCCAUCCUGCGCAAGAAAUACAGGGACAUCGAGCGGCUCUGACAGGACCGGCGCCCCCUGGGGGGAGACCCCACGCAGGGGGAGGCGCGAGAGACUGACUCGGUGGAGGGUAGGAGCAGUCGGACUCUAGCGGGAUGGACGGCGAGCGACUCGGCUCUCUCGUCCAAUCAGCACGCUGCCAGUGACCACGGCGCCGCGGCGGCCGGGACCUGACUCGGAAAAGGACGAACAGGAAACAAGCAGAUGGUGUUUGGAUUUGAAAAACACAAACAAACAAACAAAUAAAACACCCAAACGCAGACCGACAAAGAGGAAGUACACAAAGCGAUGGACAAGCCAAACUGUGCUGUAUGUUUCACACACGCGCACACACACACACACAGACACACACACUACUGACGACGACAACCAACUGAAUAGAGUAUUUUUUUUGUACGACAUGAACAAGGGCGACAUUGACUCUCCCGCUCUUUCGGCACAUGUACAGGACGGUAGAAGAGGGAAGGCCUUCACCAUCACAAACCACCCCC